AUGGCAGACACUGAAACCCCAGAAUCGGAGGAAACACUCUUGCAACAAAGCAAAGGUGUGAUUGAAGAUACAGCGCAGAUAUUUUGCAGAUAUCUAUUGUCUGAUUGGUCACGGAAAAAGACUCCGUACGGACUUGACGGAGCCUUGGCGGAAGCGUCAACCGCGGGACCAGAUGUCACAACACGGAUCUUUCUAACUGCAGGAUUCUCUGCUUGGAUAGCAUAUUUCCUUGCGUCGACUGGCGAAGGCCAUUAUGAAGGCCGACACGCUCAACUUCAAGCCAUUACCACCUUUAAUCAGCUCUCUAUAGAAGAACGCACACUGGUUGCAAAGCGAGUUGCAGAAACAGUACCUCACCCAACUGUCAAACAUGCAAUUGACAAAAUGCUGCAGGAGCCUAAGCGUCGUCGCCUUCUUUCACAAACAAGUGACAGAGAAGUGCGAGCACAACCAAACUUAACAUCACCGGUUCAUUCGCUUGACUCCGCCGCGGUAUCUCUCCUCAGUCCGACGCGUCGUAACCUAACACCUGUUCCCGAUCUUUCUCAAAAUGUGAUCGGCCUGAAUUCAAGCCAACAUCAGCAGGUCCUCUCUCAUGCUUCCCUCCAGGGGACUGCAGACUUAUUCCCUGAAUAUAUGAGCGGCGCAAUCAGAAGAGAUGCUAUUCAGAUCAACGGGAUAACACGUUGGAAAGCCGCUGUAACGAUGGCCUUUCCGUACGUCGGGAAGGUCGACUCCCUUAUGAGUUUGGCUAUCAAGGAGACGAAGGUAGAACAUAUUGCGAUGGCUUUGUUCAAUGUGCAUGUGGAAGUAGAAUCCGCAGUUCAGGCUCGACAAGUUGUGAUGCAAGAUGGGGUCAGGCUAAUGCCCAACCCAGAAAUUACAUUGCUGGGCGUUCAAAGUGAAGCCAUCAAAAAGCUGUUUGGUCUCGACAUAUAUAACGCCAUCAAGGCCAGUCGCGUCUUCCAGGAGGAGCUCGAACAAGGAACUCGUGCCACAAGAUGUGUGUCAAUGAUCAUUCCAAGUAAUCCCAGGUUUGAGGCUAUUAUCAACCUCAAUCUGGGACUGAAAGAAGGUUCUCUGGUGAAAAACAAACUGUAUAGAAGGUUCUCAGAUAAGGGUACGAUUGACUGA